AUGCAGGCUAGAAUUGCGGGCGCCACGCCAUUGUACGCCCGCCACGACUCCAAGGCUGUCCGUCUGCGCAAGGGUCGCCUGCCCAACGCCGCGACGACCCCGUUUGGAUGUGACAACGGGGACCUUGAAGGCUUGCCUCUGGGACUCGACGACACCCUCAUCGAACGGAUGAAUGCCGCACGUGGGUGUACUACUCCUAUCUGCCCUUCUCCCUUUGCCGGCAUGGGACCUGUCAAGCGAGGGCCUUCCCAGGCCACACCUCGCAAGCGCAAGGUCGCCCCGUCGAGCCUAGCCCCUCUCCUGCUCCUGAUCCUCUGCCUUCCUUUGCACCCCUCCCUCAUGUACGUGGUGGUUUCUCUGAGUUUGAAGAACUCCUGGAUCCCUAGCCACCAGCGCCUGCUUCUCGGGUCGUGGCCGCCUCAAUUGCAGCGAGAACCGAUCCCAAGGCUAUGCUCGAGCGGAAGAUUCAUGGGUGAAGUUUGCAAAGCUUUUAUUUCGCAUUGA